UCGGCUCUCUUUGGCGGCUCCAACAGCUCAUCCAGCAGCGCGAGACGUUCUGGCCGUCUCAUACUGCCGCCGCACGCAUAACAAGCGUACAGAAACGCCCCGCUUCCGGCUAGGCCCCGAAAGGCCCCACCGCCGUGCGCAGCGCCGCGCGUUCCGCCAGCGCCGCAGCGUCAAUCCGCCGCCCGCAAGCGGCCCAGGGCUUCGCCAAAGCCGCCCUUGCGCCGCCGACACGCCGACGCCGCCGCGGCGCGCCCGCCGCCCACGCUCGACGCUCGACGCCGCGGUGCCCGACAAAGAAAGAUGCCCGUCCCACGAAAUUACUCGGACAACUACCUCUCCGGCAUGGACCCGGACCCGAAGCGAAAUGUGGCGGUGGAGUGCUUCCAGAUCGAUACCACAAGGUUCGCGGCGACCUACGUCAUGCUCAUUCUGAUCGUCUACGGCGCGAUCCACGGCUCGGGCUACACGUCCGAGCAGUCCCUGUCGGCGACGAACGUGGCACACGCGCUCGUGACCUUCGUCUUCUUCCACUGGGCCCGCGGCUCGCCGGACACGCACGCGCAGGGCGAUUACGAUGAUUUGACGGUCUGGGAGCAGCUCGACGGCGGCGCGUCGUGGUCCGCCACCAAAAAAGUCUUCCUCAUCGUGCCGACGCUCGUCCUGCUGGCUUAUUUAAAUGCGGCGGACUUUUCGCGACAACCGACCGACCGCCGUCCCCAUCUACGCGCUCCUCUGCAUCCUGCCCAAACUGCCGGGCAUGCAUCGGUGCGGAUCCUGGGCAUCAACCGGACCGUGGGCUUCAGGUCCGACGACGAGACCAAGAAGCCGGGUCGUGAGGUUGCUUCCUUUCUCCUCCUCCCUCCUACGGCGACUGGACAUAUCGCCUCCUUUUGGGACGACGUAGGAUUGAUCGCGUGCAAGAGCGCGCAAACUUGGCUUCUAGUGUGUCUUCUUAGCGAUCUGACAAUAAAUCGAGGGUACGUGGUGAGUGGGUGUUUGGUUCGGCAGUAGCACCUUUGCGAACGCCUCUCGGAUCGAUACGCGACCACCGUGCUGUGUUGCAUCUGACGCGAGCAUUUCUACGUGCAAUUUGACGCCGUAGACACCUCUGAAGCAGCUUGCAUCCAUCUGCACUGCAGCAAAUUUCACGUUGUAGACAAGAGGAGCUUCAUCAGCAGCGCAGUAAAAUGAUUCUCCUAUGGUGGGUGCUGCCCGUACCUUGCCAAGCGAUCGCAUUCCUGGCAGUGCUUAUCGCCGCGAGCGCCCUGCAAACGCAGCCGAUGCAGCUUCACGAGCGACGGCGCGUCGUCGCAUCAGUCGCGCGGGUCGAAGUAUGCACGAAAAAGCACUGCAAGAAAAAAGGUAGCUUGAAAACGCUACGCAUCUUCGAGGCGUUGGCGCCGGACGGCGUCGAGGUGCUCACCGCCGACAUGUCGCACACGGAGCACGGCUGCUUCGACGAGUGCACGAUGGGCCCGAACGUCCGCGUCGACGGCGCCGGCCCCAAAGCCGACGGCGGGCCGAUCGUCAACGGCGUGCGGGGCGCCGCGGGCGCCGCGGAGGUCCUCGGCAUCGACGUCCCCGAGGGCUGGGAGCUGCCUAACUGA